GCUUUUCCCAUCUGCCUAACGGGCUCUACCCGUCGUACAUUCCCCUGAGCCACCUCGAGCCCCCCAGCGCUGGCAGUCCUCUCCUGGCCCAGCUGGGUCAGCACAGCCUCUUCGAGUCGCAGAAAGAUGGGUUCUACCUGUCCAGCCAUGCAGGCCAGUCCGCUUUGCACCCGCAGCCUCCCCUCUCGAGGACCGCGGGCAACCACACGUCGAGCACUUUGCUCCGGGAAAAGGACCUCGGGCAACUGCACAAGAGCUCGAAAGAAGGCCUGAAAGAUCCCGGUGGGAAGGAGCGGGCAUGCCGGAGCGAUCUGUCCCUGCCCUUUGCCAAGAAGGAAGGCAAGCCAAAGGAGGAGCCCCGGCCCCGCAGCGUGGUAGACCUCACGCAGGACACCAAGCCCGACAGCGACCGGAAAGUGAGCGUGGUGGAGAAGGCAGUGAAGGUCGGCGAGCGUCUGUCUCCGUUCCUGGCUGAGCACAUGCCAAAUCGGGGUGCGGGCGGUGGGGAACCCAAGUCCAAGAAUCCGUUGCAGAGCUCAUCCCUCAGCAACUGCAACGGCGGCGGGGACCCCAUGCUGAAGGUCCUGGGUGCCGAGCAGGAUCGCUGUGCCAAGGAUCCCGCUCGGCACGACGAGAACAUGAGGCCUUCCGCGCACGCCCACGCCGAGCGGCUGAAGCGGGGGGAGCCCCUCCUGCCCUCCGUGGGUGCUUUGCACGUCUCCUGCAGCUGCCCGGCCCCUCACCCCUCGCAGCCGGGGAAGAUGACGCCGGCCACGACAUUCCCUCCGCAGCCCGUCCAUUCCAGCAUGUACACCAUCUUCCCGCCGGCCAAGGAGCUGGGGAGGGAGCACAAAGUCAUCGCCCCCACCUUCGUGCCUUCGGUCGAAGCCUACGACGAGAGGAGCGGGCCCAUCCAAAUCGCCUCGCAGGCCCGUGACAACAAGGUGAAGGACAAGGACCUCGGCAAGGUGGGGGUGCUGCAGUCGCCCACGGAGCGGUGCCUCGCGGACGCCUCCCGCACGCUCUUGUCCCAGGACUUUUCUUGCCACAGCGAUGCCAAAAGGAUGGAGGCUCUGCGGGAGAAGGGCUCGGUGAUCAGGGCAAACUCCAUGGCGCUCAAGAGACAGGUCACAUCGGAGCCCUUCCUCAACCGGCCGGGGCUGGGCUCUCCGGAGAGCAGGGAGUUCCUGGCCUCCAAGGACUUGCUGAAGCCAAGUCCGGAGGCAGAGCAUCGCUCCUGCGAGCGGGAUCGCUUUCAGCGAUCCAGCUCCAAAGAAGCGGCAAAAGUCUACGGCACUUUGGACUCUUCCCGGCAGCAUCUGGACCACGGUCAGCUGAAACCGCCCGAGCAGAAGUGGAAGCCCUUUGAGAUGGGUAACUUUGCCACCACGCAGAUGGCGGUGCUGGCCGCGCAGCACAACCACGUCACCCGGGCGGAGGAGGAAGCCAAGAAGGUCUACCUUGACCCCAGCGGCUUGCCACGGUCCUCGGUGGUGGGCUCACGGGGAGCCACGGAUGUUCUUCACCCUGCGUCCCACGGCGAAGGCUCGGCCAUGCAGAGCCUCAUCAAGUACAGCGGCAGGUUUGCCAAGGAGAACGCAUCCCGGCAGAGCUGCGGCAAGAAGAGCCCCUUUGGCGGUUUGGGCAACAUGAAGUUGGACUCUUCGCAGCUGGGCGCCUCCAAGGUGCAGCAGCUGCUGUCGCAGCAGCCGGCGAAGCAGCUGAAGAGGGACCCUGAGAGACCCGAGAGUGCCAAAUCCUUUGGCCGCGAGAGCAUCGGCUCCCAGGGCGAGGUGGAGGUGAGGCACUUGCCCGUCGGCAUCGCCGUGGCUGUGGCCCGGCAGAAGGACAACAGCAGCAGCAGCAGCAGCAGCAGCAAACUGGGGCCCAGCUUGGCGGACCGGGAUCGCUCGCUGUCUCUCAGCAGUAUCAAAGGGCAUGGACGCUCAGAAGAUGACUGCGGGGAUGAGAGGAGCCGCCACCGGGACAGCCACCUCCUGGCAGGGCGCUUGGAGCGGGAUCAGGAGAAGCUGCUCAGAGAGAGCAAGGAGCUGGCAGAUUUUGCCCGAAUACACCCCUCCGGCUGCGCCACGAACGGUUUGAACUCCAACCUCAUGGUGACGGGAGGCCCAGCCUUGACGGGCUCCGGGCGCUGGUCUGCAGACCCGGCUUCGCACUUGGCAGCCCACCCCUGGCUCCCCAGGACGGGGAGCCCCUCCAUGUGGCUGGCCGGCCAUCCCUAUGGACUUGGUCACCCUUCCCUGCACCAGGGCAUGACUCCAGGCUUCCCCCCUGCCAUGGGGGGAGCUCUCCCUUCCGCCUACCAGUUUGCCAGAGACCCGCAGUCGGGGCAGCUUGUUGUGAUCCCCAGCGAGCACUUGCCACACUUCGCGGAGCUGAUGGACCGGGCGCCCCCACUGUGGCCCGCCAUGUACCCGCCGACCAGGAGCUCCCUCCAGCACGCUCACCAGCUCCAGCUCCUCUCCCAGCAGCAGCUGCUGCGGCAGCACGAGCUGUACAUCCUGCAGCAGCAGGCGGCCCAUGCCAUGGAGCUACAGAGGAGCGCCCAGCUCGUGGAGAGGUUGAAGGCGAAUGAGCAGCGUGCAGAUAUGGAAGAGAAGGUGACGAAACGGAGCCUGGACAGUGCCAAAUCAGGCCUUUCCUCCUCUGCCCCGGGACUGGUGCACCGAAAACCACCCGUGCUGUCUCCCAGCGCCUCCACGUCCUACAGCAAGGCUGUGAGUCCACCUCCCCUCUCUCCCAGGGCCUCACCCGUGUCUGUGCUCAAAGCUGAGGUGAUCCAAAAGAUGGAGGAGCCACCUUCGCAGCCAGCCUACUCCUACCCCGCCACCCCCAGCUCCCAUCCUUCCAGCCCGCCCCCCGCCUCUCCGCCCCCUGCCCCUGCCAUCCCUCCAAAAGAAGAGGCACCCGAGACCGUGGAGAAGAAAGACCUGGAGCUGGAAAAAGAGGCUGCUGGUCCAUAUCAGGCCUUGUUUCCAGAGAUCCCCCCAGGAUAUCCAUUCCAGUCCCUUCCUCCCUCCUUCGGAAGACACUAUCCCUACCUCCUCCAGCCCACCGCAGCAUCUGAUGCGGAUGGCCUGGCUCCUGAUGUCCCACUGCCUGCUGAAGGCUCUGAGCACAUGGAGCUUUCCCCAGAGGUCAAGCCCAUCCACCUGUCUCCGUCCAAAAUGCUAGAGCCCAUCCAAGCAGCAGCAGAAGAGGAGUCCUUGGAAGAGAGGGUGAAAUCAGAGGUGCAGAUGGAAGAAAGCCAAGAAGGCAUCUGUGAACAGGACAUGGGGACUCUGAACAUUGCCACCUCCGCAGCCGUCCCAGUGCAGAACGUGGACAAUUGCAAUCUCCUCUUGCAUCAAGGCGAAGCCCUGAGUGCUAUGGAGCAGGACCAGGAAGACCUCCAGAGCUGCCCACCUCCUUAUCAGGUUGUGGCCUGCCCUGCAGAAGCAGAGGCUCAGGCGGAGACCGGGAAUGGAGCAGAAACCUGCUCCGUGCACAUGGACUAUGACGGUUCGCUUGUGCACACAGAGAAUGAGCCGUCUGAGAUGGACUUAACGUCCCAGCGGGAGGAGGCCUCUGUAGCCAUGGAUCUGCAGAGCACCGAUGUGCCCCGGGGGAGGGAGUUUCCCAACCUGCCCCCUGAGGAGGGGGAGCAGGGGCCAGAGAUCCCUUCCUACACGGAAGAGGCAAUCUCUUGCCAAAUCCCAGCUCUGGACAUCAAGCCGGGCGACCCGCUGGCUGGGAUGAAUGCUUUGGUGGCUGCCACAGAAAUGCCUCAGGCUUGUUCCUUGUUGACUACCGCCAGCAUCACUCCGUCCCAGAUGAAGGUAGAGGUGUUACCUGACCAGGCCUUGGAGCACUCCUUCCUGCAAGGGAUCACUUUGCUGAGUGAAAUUGCAGAGAUGGAGCUGGAGAAAAGGAAGCAAGAAAUGCAAACAGGUCCAGAGAGUUUCCCUGUCCGGCCAACGCUGGAGAGUUUGCUGGCUGCCAGCACCCACAUGCUCAUGGAAGUACUUUCCACCCCCUUUAUGGAAAGUCUGAAAACCAUCCGGCUGCCUCGAGAGCUGAAUCCCAACAAAAAGUACAGCUGGAUGCAGAAGAAAGAUGAACCCAUGUACUCCAUCAAAUCGGCCAUCGAGAACAUGGAUGCGAUGGAGCUGGACUACAGGAUGAGGCUGGCGGAGCUGCAGCGGCGGUACAAGGAGAAGCAGCGGGAGCUGGUGAAGCUGCAGCGCCGCAGGGUCUCCGAGGAAAAGCAUGACGAGAAAAGUAGAAGCUUGGCGAGAAGAGGCCCUGGAAGGCCCAGGAAGAGGAAACUUGGAUCAAGCGCUCUGUCACCCAUUAAGGAGAGAGGGAAGAGUGACAGCAAGAGUGGAAAACUGAGCAAGUCUUUGUUGCUCUCCGAAGACUCUGAGACUGGCGAGGGCAUGAAGAAGAGGCACAAAGGGGCCCUCCCGGAGGAGGACGAGGAUGUGGAGAGCAGCAGUGGCAAGAUGAAAGGGAGGAACCAGAGCUGGGAAGAGCACGAUGCAGCUCCCAGCUUCUCAAAUGAGUUAAAGCUCAAAAAGAAGAAGGUGCCAUCGGACCAGGAGCAGCUGGCCAGCAAGCUUGACAAGGCUCUGUCGCUCACCAAACAGGACAAGCUCAAAUCCCCCUUCAAGUUUGCUGACAGCUCUGGGGGAAAGCCAAAAACUAGUGGAGGUGGCAGCAGGUACCUCCCACCCCAUGAGGCUCUGCCGAGCAAGGAGGAGAAGAAGAGCCUGGCCAAGAACCUGGGCCUGUCACUGAAAACCACCAAGGAAGGUAAAAACAAAGUGGCUGCCAAAAUGAAGAAGAUGGAGGUGGGGUUAAAAGUCAAAAAUCAGCUCAAGGUUUCCCAUUCACCAGCAGUAUCUGAAGUUAGCAGCUACUCUUAUAUGUUCAUCUCCACCCCGGCAUUCUGUCAGCCCUUCUGCCUGCUGCUGCGGGAGGCCGAGGCGGGAUCUUCCUUCAGCGAUUCCUCGGAGGACUCGUUCGAUCAAGAUUCUAGCUCAGAGGAAGAGGAAGAGGAGGACGAAGAGGAAGAGGAGGAAGCAGAGGACUACGGGACAGACGGCACUGACAGGCUUUCAUCGCCUGCUCUUGACGAGAGCGGCCUGGGCCUUCUAGCAAGGUUUGCCGCCAGCGCAAUGCCCAGCCCCAUCGUUCCCCCUCCACUUUCCAUCAUCCAGCUGGAGGCCAAGCAGAAGGCGAAGAAGAAGGAGGAGCGGCAGAGCCUGAUGGGGACAGAGUUUGAAUACACCGACUCAGAGAGCGAGAUCAAGAUCAGGAAGAAGUCGCCCUCGGGGCUGCUGCGAGGAAAAAAGGGGCCGCUGGAAGCAAGCAGCAUCCCGCCGAGCCAGGCCCCCAGCAGCCUCGACUCCGGAUCUGGGAGCACUGACAAGGCCAAGCUUGGGUCUGAGAAAGGCCGCAAGCUGAAGAAAUUCAAGUCCCCCAAGGACUUGAGCUUUGAGUUUGGGCUGGAGGCCAGCGAUGACGACCUGUGGAACCGGCGCCGGAGCGAGCGGAUCUUCCUCCACGAUGCUACCACGUCCUCGGCCGUGCUGACCCCUGUGGCACCCGCCAGCUCCACUCCUGUCUCCAAGCCUGGGCGCUGUGGCAAGGGGGCACCCAUGAGCCCCAAAAAGGAGGGCAGCAAGGGGAAGGAGAGAAAAGAGCUAAGCAAGCGGAAGAAAGGUAAAGAAACACAAUGCUGCUCCUCCUCCUCGUCCAUGUCUCCUCCUGGCAUCCCUAGCUCCCCAUCUGAUGUUCGUGUCAGCCUGGCGAAUGCCCUGGGCUCCACCAAGAAGAGCAAAGCCAAGGUGAAAGCCAAGGAGGUGAAAAAAGAGAACCGAGGGAAAGGAGGAGCUGUCAGCAAGCUCAUGGAGAGCAUGGCAGCAGAGGAGGAUUUUGAACCCAACCAAGACAGCAGCUUCUCAGAGGAUGAGAACAUUCCCCUGAGCAUGCUGGUCGAGCGACCGCCCACACCAGCUCCCCGCUCCUGCAUAAUUGACAAGGAUGAGCUAAAAGAUGGUCUGCGUGUCCUCAUCCCCAUGGAUGACAAGCUGCUCUAUGCCGGGCACGUCAAGACAGUGCAUUCACCAGACAUAUACCGUGUGGUGGUGGAAGGCGAGAGGGGAAACCGUCCCCACAUUUACUGCCUGGAGCAGCUCUUGCAGGAAGCGAUCAUCGAUGUGAAACCACCUUCAGUGCGAUUCCUGCCCGAGGGCACGAGGAUUGCAGCCUACUGGAGCCAGCAGUACCGCUGCCUCUACCCAGGGACAGUUGUCCGAGGAGCCUUGGAUCUGGAGGAAGAUGGUGAUCUCAUCACAGUAGAAUUUGAUGAUGGGGACACAGGACGUAUCCCACUGUCUCAUAUUCGGCUUCUCCCACCUGACUACAAGAUUCAGUGUGCUGAGCCUUCCCCGGCCCUUUUGGUGCCCAGCACCAAGCGCCGUAGCCGUAAAUCCAGCAAAGACACUGGAGAAGUAAAAGAGGGAGCUACACUGGGGUCAGAGGAGCCCGUGUCGAAGGGCAAAGGGCGAGGGAGAAAGCCAAGCGUCAAGGCGAAAGCUGAAGAGGCCGCCUUGCCAGAAGAGAAGGAUCAGGUUGAGUCUUCACCUGUUACCUCUUCGGUCCCAGAGAAGCCAGCCUGCUUGGGCAAGUCAAGCAUGAAGGGGUCACGAAAAUCACAACCGCUGCCAGCUGGAGGCUCUCCUGCCCCCACAGAGGAAAAGCGGUCAAAAGCCAGCAAAAUGAAGAUCUCCACUAAGCUGCAUAGCCCCCCGCAACCCUCUUACCAGCCUGCUGUGUUUGGCAGCAUCCUCAGCACAGAGCCCUACAGCGACCUCCCGGGGACGCUGGCGGCCUUCGGCUCCAGUGAUGCUUCGGCGUCAAAAGCCAAGGCCAAGAAAGGGCGGCCCACGGAAGAGACGCAGGAGUUUGGCACCAUGGUCAAGGCUCAGAGGAAGCAUGACAAUGAAAUCCUGAUCAAGCUGGACCAUGAGGGCGUGAUGUCUCCAAAGACAAAGAAGAUGAAGGAGGCGAUGAGGAUGCUGGAGGACUCAAACCUGGCCAGUCGCAGAGACAGCAAGAGUCUGUUGGGGCUGGGCUAUUCCCCUGCAGUGGGUGCGGAGGGCAAGCAAAAAUCUUCCCGAGCCAAAGCAGCUGAGGGAGACCCUUCUCCUGCCAGCUUUGGAGGAAAGUUCGAUGGCUCGGUGGAGAGCCUCACUGCUUCGAAGGACCAGGAAGAAAAGGCAGCAGCUCCAGCAGCCGUGGAGGAGUCCGAGAGCAACAGCAGCGAUAGCAGCUCAGAGUCAGAAGGAGAAGAGGAGGCUGAGAAGAACCAAGGGGAAGCCCAGGACAGCAGCUCAGCCAGCUCAAGAGCAUCCACCCCUCUCUCUUCCUCCAACUCCUCCUCCUCUUCCUCUUCUAGCAGCAGCUCCUCUUCCUCCUCCUCUUCCUCCUCUUCCUCAGCCUCAUCAACCUCUUCUUCUUCGAGCUCCAGCUCUUCUUCCUCCUCCACUACGGAUGAAGACUCAUCCUGUAGCUCUGAUGACGAAGUAGCUGAGGCCCAGCCAAGUUCCUCGGUGCAGCAAACCCUCCCACCCAAGCAAACCAAGCAGGCAGGGAAAUCCCGCGCGUCCUCCCACCCCCAGAGCCAGAAACAGCCGGCGCAGCAGCCGGUGCAACAGCCGGCACCACAGCAGAGCGGCAACAAGAGCAGACCCAAAAAACGCGAGGGCAUCCACCUGCCCACCACCAAGGAGCUGGCCAAGCGCCAGCGACUGCCGUCAGUGGAGAACAGGCCUAAGAUUGCCGCUUUCCUCCCCGCGCGGCAGCUGUGGAAGUGGUUUGGGAAACCCACACAGAGACGAGGAAUGAAAGGGAAGGCCAGGAAGCUCUUCUACAAGGCCAUCGUUCGGGGCAAAGAGAUAAUCCGCAUCGGAGACUGUGCGGUCUUCCUCUCAGCUGGCCGCCCCAACCUGCCCUACAUUGGCCGGAUCCAGAGCAUGUGGGAGUCGUGGGGGAACAACAUGGUGGUCCGAGUCAAAUGGUUUUAUCACCCAGAAGAAACCAACCCUGGGAAGAAACUCAACGAAGGCAAGCGCUGGGAUCAGAAAUCGGGCAGGAGUCUGUCCACAGCUUUGCAGGCAUCCAACCAGAGGAAGGACUUUAUGGAGCGAGCUCUCUACCAGUCCUCUCACGUGGAUGAAAACGAUGUCCAGACCAUCUCACACAAGUGUCUUGUUGUUGGUCUGGAUCAAUAUGAGCAGAUGCUAAAGACGAAGAAAUACCAAGACAGUGAGGACCUCUACUACCUUGCAGGGACCUAUGAGCCCACUACGGGCAUGAUCUUCAACACCGACGGGGUCCCUGUCAUCUGCUGACUGCCCGGGGGACACGUGCCACCCCCUGGGAAGGGACGGGACAAACCUGAGGACGUGCCUGUUCAGACGACAUGAUUGUUUCUUUCAAUGCUCAUGACUUCUGUGUCACACUACAGAUAAGAGAGCGCGAGAGACACAAGGAGGAAGGAGAGGGCUGAAGAAAGGGAUUGGGGGAGCAGUUACAGGACUUGAGGAAGAUGCCGUUGGGUGGUGGUGGUGUUUGAACCCCAAGGCUCCUCUGGAAGUGGCUUUAAGUAAGGUGACGCUUGACCAACUUCUCCCUUCCUCCUUUUGGUCCAGGAAAGCACAUGGGUCUCAUGAUCAUUUCACCAGCGGGACCCCCCCGGCAGGAGGGAUCCCUUUUGUGUCAUUUGCCCCCAUCAGUAACUCGGAAGCUGCCUGUACGUGGAAGGACACCCGCUAGCCUUCUGCGUACGCUCCUCUCCGUCCUUAUAUUCCCUUUCCUGCUUAGUUUCGCAUGACCCUUUAGGAAGGACAGGGUGAAAGAGAAAGGAGAUGAGUCUCUCUCAGCGCCUCGUCUCGAUCCUCUCGGCGCCGUUUUGCGGUUCCCUUUCCCUGGAGGCCCCUGGCCGGCAACGUGGAGCACGAAGGGGCAGAGCUGGCCCCAGCACGGAGAUGGCAGAAGAGGUCC